AUGCACAGAACAAUUAGAUUGGCGAGCAGUAUACGGUCUCUUCUGAAGUCUGAAAAAGCGGAAAGAGUUCUGUCACAAAUAGAACGCCAUUCGCGAGAUUCUCAGACUGGAUUAACGACGGGUAUACUUUAUAUAACAGCAUGGUCUAAUGCUCGACCGGCACGAACCCUAUUAAAAUCUGACCGCUUUUUUCUUACAAUACGACCUUUUUUUUCCUUUUUGCAUUAUUUUGAUGAUUUUUCAAUUUGAAUAAUUAUAACAAAAUGUGCUUUUUGAGUGCAACCCGAGAUGAUAAGUUACUGGCAGAUGGUCGCACAGGAUGCGGCAUUGGUUCGGGAGAAAUUUGCUGAAGUUCAACAAUUGAGUUCUAUUAUUGAAGAAGGUUUUUUUUUUUCAUUUGAUCUGUUUUCUGUGUACUUGAAUUCCAAACUUGUAUAGCUGAUUCACGUCUGGCUUGAGCCAUUGAAAAAAGGGUCCUGACACGAUAAUACACGGGAUACCGCUUGGCUCAUGGAGAGCGCAGACAGGACACGCCCUCUUAGCGUCCUAAGCUGGCCGUGAAUCAGCUAUAGUCAAGUGUUAAAAUCACGUCCUCCGCCGCUUCCUUCUGCGCGUAGUUCAUUCAGUGUGGCGCCUUGAAGAGUUCACAAUGUAACGCAUGUUAUAGCUGGAGCCCGGAGAUUUUUCGACGAGCCGAGGCGGCCGCCCAGUGUCGCGCUGUCUGUCAAACUUUUCCGAACGCUCUUUGUACUUGUUAGAGACGCUUAACUUGAAAAUUUCCGAAAAGACAAUUUUUCAAACUGUUUAUGAAGCAAAAUAGUAGUGAACUUCAUACGGAAUCGAAUAAUUAAAAGACAUACGAAUGAAAACCAAAAAUUUUUUUUGCCAUUUUGGGCCUAACUUUCAAGUCAGGAGUUCUGAGACUCAAUGUUUAUUACUUACAUAAUUUUAUUACUUACUGUAAAAUGAUGAAACAUUUCAGAUAGUGCUGAUGCUGAGCUCAUAUCGAUGGCAAAAGAGGAAAGAUCGAUGGUUAGAGAGGUGGAGCAGUUUCGGCGCUGAAUCGAAUUUUUUCCUUUUCAGAGUCUUGACAGGUUGCUCGACGAGUUGGCCGUUCACAUUGUACCAACCACCGAAAUCGACGUGCUAUCCAAAUGCCAGAUCGAGCUCACCAGGUACAGAAAUAACUGAGAUAGUUCGUUUGGAUUUUGAAUGGGAAGCAGCCCACUGAGCCAGUAAUCCUUCAAUAUCGAUAUAUUACCGUCGUCAAGCUGAGUGUUUUUAAAACCGUCACACCGAGUUUUUUUCUGAACACUUCUUUUCAAAACUCCUUUUUUGACAUCGUUGCAUAUUUUGGUUUUUCAAAAGGCAAGAUUAUUGUCAAGAAUGUUAUUUGGUUGUUGUUUAAACAGUAAUCAAGCUUGUAGUGCCGUAUUUAUAGCUAUAUGAUUUUCCGUGAACACGUGGUCUCAGAAAAAAAUGAUAAGUAUUUUUAUUCGUUCAAUUAGAUAGAGAAAUUAUCCAGAAAAUACUUUCAUUUUCUAUAGGCAUCUUAACUCGAUAAACUAGAGUCAUUCUGAACUCUUUACACUAUAUAGGCCACGCCCCUUUUCACGCACCUCAUUCUUUUUGAAACGCCGUAUAUCGGAGUGAGUUCAGUGGCGCUGGAGGGCAAGAAGCGAUGCUUUUCACUGGCGAGCUCUUGGACAUGUACGCAGCGCUGGCUCAGAACAACGGUUGGAAAUGGGAGCCUUUUCAGGUUUUUAUUUUAUCAAUUUUUGUGAUGCUGAUGACAUGCUUAGUUAAUUUUAAUAAUGUUUCGUCAUUUAACCAAAAAAAGAACUCGAACCUCUGCAACGUCAUUUUCUACCGUCUUUCAAAAUGUUGUCUCUCGUCAAAAAUGCUUUUAUUUUUGGAGUUUUAGGUAGACAGCGUAGCGCUAGGAGGGGUACGAAGUGCGCUGGUUGCAGUAUCCGGAUCAAAUGUCUAUUCGACAUUGAGGUGUGAUUCCUACAUACAAAACUUCAUUCGGCAAUUAUUUCAAACCAAAACGAAACUUUUUUUUGUAUGAAUUCACCUUGAGACUGACUUUCUGGGUUAGUAUUUCUUAACAUGUAACAUGCCGGCAAAAAUUCUGGAAAGUUGCUCCUGUAUUUGAGCUGGGACUUUAUAUUAUUCAAUCUGUUUUCGAAAAAUUUUGAACUCCACAUCAGGUUUGAAGCUGGCGUUCAUCGUGUUCAAAGGGUGCCGAUUAAUGAUACCCGAAUGCACACAAGCACGUCAAGUGUUUCAGUCUUGCCUGAGCCAGAAGAGGUAGUUGAUAUCCGAGUUUUUUGUUUUUUUUUUUGUCGGGAAUUCCAUCUUUUCAGAUUUCGGUGAUCGUUCCCAGCGACUCGGUGAAAAUUGAAACCAUGAGGGCUUCGGGGCCUGGCGGACAAAAUGUUAACAAACGGUUUUUAUCUUCCAGAUGUGAAUUUCUAAACGCUGGAAAUGAAUUUUGAAGGUCAACGGCUGUUCGGAUGACACACAAGGAGACGGGAAUAGCUGUACACUGCAUGGACGAACGCUUCCAGCAUCUCAACAUACAGGCUAGCAAAUUGAUUACCAGCUAAAAAACGUAUCACUUUUUGAAGAUAGCCUAUAAGCGGUUGGCGGCGAUUUUAAUGCAACGGCAAGUGGACGCGAUGAACGAAAAAACAACUUCCGACCGUCGACUUCAGGUGCCUUUCUUUUGACAUGGCGCGCUUAGGAACUCCAGAGUGGUACCUGUAGGGGCAACCUUAGAGGCCCUUUGAGGCCCACAUUACCAACCCCUGUAGGGGUUACUAAAGCUUUUAAAACUGGUUUCUAUAGGGUUUUCAGUUAGUAGUUAGUGGACCAUAUAUGUGACAUGCUAGUCGAUAAUUGAUAUGAUUUCUAACCAGGGAAUGGUCUCAGCUCACAGUGGGACUUCUGAAUGAGACCAUAUUUUCUAGAUGUAGUUUUUCACGCUGAUUCCAAAUCCGUUUUCAAAAGCUGCCACCGAGGUCUGUGAAAAAAGUUAUGGACCCUCAAAAGUCGAAAAUUUCAUCGUCUCCGAUCGAGCUCAUUUUUGGAGGGUAUAUCUUCGCUUCGAAACUCCAAAAAGGAGCAAUUACACGAAAAUAUCCAAAAAAGAAAAAAAUGCAAAAAAAGUUUGCACUGCGUGGGUACCGAACCUAUGACCUCGUGCUUCCCAGUCCGCCGCCUUUCCACUGCUCCUCGCUGCCGUUGCUUCGCCGGUCGCCGGAUCGCAAUAGGACACCGCGGGCGCUUGCUCUUGUGUGCGGCGAGGCUUUGAAAGGUCAUAUCUUGGCUUUGAAGUUUUUUUGAGAAAAAUUUGAUGGUUUUUCGUGACAAGGGAAACAAGGACUAUAUACCCUCCAAAAAUGAGCUCGAUCGGAGACGAUGAAAUUUUCGACUUUUGAGGGCCCAUAACUUUUUUCACAGACCUAGGUGGCAGCUUUUGAAAACGGAUUUGGAAUCAGCGUGAAAAACUACAUCUAGAAAAUAUGGUCUCAUUCAGAAGUCCCACUGUGAGCUGAGACCAUUCCCUGGUAAGCAAAAUUUUUUUUUAACCAUAGUCAAUUUUUUCCGAUUUGAAAGGCGAGGGAGGCGGGAUUUUGAUAUGAAUUUUUCCUUUUAUAGUUCAAAAGUCAGAUUUUUCUAUCACAAUAUCAUUUCAUGAUCUUGCAUGCCUUUAAUCGAUAAACAAUUUUUUCAAACAAAGAUAAAAAAGAAAAAAAGCAUUCAAAGAGAGGUUUUUCUGACUCGCGGAGCCUUUGAAUACUUUUUUCCGGACCUCUUCGCUAGUUUUUGAGUAAAUGGAAUGUCAUAAGAGUUAUUGGAAAACACUUACCAAAAUUUUUUAUAAACUUUCCGAAUCUAAUGAAAUAGGUAUCAUUUAUAUGAUCAAUUUGUUCAUUUUUCUCUUAUUCGCAGGUAGGGUCGAAGGCACGUGCGGAAAAGAUCCGAACCUACAACUUCCAACACGACCGCGUCACAGACCACCGUAUCCAAAUGACCAUUAAAGGUUAGUUACCAAGUUAUUUGUUAUAUGACAGCCCCGUACGAGCUUAGGCGUUGAAGAGUUCCUUAGAGGUGGCACAGUACUUCAGUCGAUGAUUGAUCGGCUAACCGAGCAGCAUCUCGAAGAUCGCCUCAAGCAUUUCCUUGACACCUUCGAGUUAGACCAAACAUCUUAG